UUUUGAUGUUUUGUUUGUUUGUUUUUUGCGGAAACGGUUUUUUGGCGGUUUAAGAUUUAAGAAAGAGUUCUUUAUAGUUGUUUUUAGUACAUAAGUGAUAUAAAACUAAAUUUAAUUGAGAAUAACUGCAAAAAUAAUUCAAAAUGCCUAGAAUAUCAUCAAAUGGAAAGAUUCCCUUAAAAGAGAAACUAUACCAAAUGUAUAUAAAUGGAGAGCAUCGAGACAUAGAAAUAUUACUACAAGAUGGAGUAACCAAAGCUCAUUGCCUUAUUCUGGCUGCUGAAAGUCCAGUAAUUUACAAAAUGGUAGAACACCAAACAACAGAUCUGAAAACAAUAGAUUUAAGACAGUUUUCAAAAUUAACAAUGAUGUGGAUACUGAAGUACCUGUAUAAAGGAGAUUUUAUGUGUCCUGUAGAAGAUCUUACUGACUUUAAAGAAGCUGCAGAAUUCUUACAGCUUGAAGGAUUUCGUUCUUCUGUAAAAGAAGAACCUUCCAAUAGUCCGAAAAUUUUCUUACAGGCUCCAAUAAUUGUGAUAUCUGAUGACAGCGAUAGCAGUCCUACGAAAAUAAAAACAGAGGAAACGACCAACCCGAGGAAAAGACUUAAAAACUCAACAAGAAGCAGAAGUGCUUCAGUAGAAGACUGCAAUCAUUCAAAAGAAGAAAAUUCUUUCGAUUUCCUUGAUAUGGCUGUGAAUAAUAAUAGUGAAAUUACCGAUAAUAAAGCUAGAACUCAAUCAAUUUCCGAUAAGGGUUGCUAUUCGACGAGCAGUAGUGAUAGUGACACAGAACUGGAAGACUCAAGUAGCCCUGAUUUUUGUUUACGUGUAUCAAAAAAAAAUUGGACGACUCCUGAUAAAAAUAAAAAAGGUGAAUCUUCUAAAGAACGAAAGGAAGAAUUACUGAAGUUAAUUAAGAGCGAGCCAAACGAAGUAUUUAAUAUUCCUGACAGCACAUCACCCGAUGAAUCAAUAGUUUUAAUAGAAAAUCCGCCUUCAAGUAUAGAAAUUUCUGAUGAAGAGUCAGAGGCAGAAAAGAGACGUCCUCCGAAUAUCGAAGAGGAAAGUCAUCCGCCAAAAAGUUAUAAAGUACCAAAUAAAGUAAAAAAUAAAGUAUGGACGUCCAAGCACACUUUAAAGAAAUUGGGAAGAACUUUUUGUGCGAUAUGCAAUAAAAAACAAAGAUCUAUAAAAACCCAUAUCAAAUUAAACCAUAGACAUAUUCCUAGGAAAGCUUAUUUUUAUUGUAAGAAAUGUUAUAAGAAGUUUUACUAUGAAUCUGUCCUUAAAAAUCAUAAAGAAAUCGAUUGUGAAAGUGAAUGAUUGAUUAAAUAUAUUAUUAAUUUUUUAUUUUUUUAACAA